AUGAAGAAGAUGCUUCAGGGUUCGAUCUACAGGGGUUUGCUGUCUCAGGGUUCAUGUGAUUUUUGCAAUUUUCACAUGGGUGUCGAGUCUUUCAAUGGGUUGUCCGGUAGUAGACCCAGUGUGGACAUGCCUGCAGUGUCCACGAGCAUUUGCAGCUUGGAAGUGCAUAUGUUGUUUUACAUUUUCAAAUUGUUUGAGGCGUUGACCCGAAAAGUUGCUGAUUUAGCAGGGGAGAAUGAAAAUUUGAAAAGGGAGCUCAUCUUUUACUGUGCUCAUUCUUUAUUGGUGAAAUUCCCUGAGAAGGAAAAGGAGUUGGUUGAGAGGGAAUAUGAUUCUUGUGGUUGUCAGAAUGACACUGCUACUCCACCAAUAGUUCCUAUGACAGUUAUUGAUCAGUCUGACUCACUUUGUGAACAAGGAAAUUCCAUGAUGAUUAAUCACCUGGGAACUCCCUUGUAUAUAUUGCCAUGUCCUUGGUUUUUUCUUCACCCCAAUGACGGUAGUAGACUUCACUCUCAGUUGUUCAAUGUAAUCAAUAAGCCAGAUGAAUCCAAUAUGAAUGACCAUUGUGCUUCUAGUUCAUCCUUGAAAGCUACUGUGCAUGUGGAGAACAACUCCUCACCGAUGAAAGUUAAAACAAAAGCUUCUGAAUUGAGGGAAGCCAUAGCAGCUAACCUUCAUGAGAGCUCAUCUGCUAACCUUCAUCAUGAGAGCUCAUCUGGUUUGCCACCGGAUGGUGGUGGUCAGCACACUUGGUCUCACCCCAAAGGAAUGGUCUGUAUGUCUGCAGUUCAUGUUGAAGAUGAGAAUGGUCUACAGCCUUAUUACAUCCCAGCUGUGGAAGCUAUUUCUUCCACAGUGAAGUCAGUCAGUAACUGCAUUGCCAGAAAAGAAUGAGGAACCAGCUAUCUGCCUAGGUAAGAAACUAGUAGAUACAUCAGCAGCAGAGGCCAGGAAGAGAAGGAAAAAACUCACAAAGCUAAAGAACCUCCAUCGCCGUUAAUUUCGGAUGCUUUUUUGAAUUUUCAGGCUAAACCCUCCAAUUUUGAACAUGUUCGUUGGUUAGUAUGGAGUCCUUCGAGAUUGAUUCUAGUGCAGA